CGAAGGUGCAGCGGGCGGGCGCCCUGCCGGGGGCUCACCCGACAGCCGGAACUCUCGGGCUCUUUCCUUCCGUGCCCCACCGUUCCUCCUGGACCCUUGCCUAGCCCUGAUUCGUUGGACAGAACCUUGUGAGCGGGACUUUCCGUUUGGGGAUUUCUAAAUCUGCUGCCCACCCCGCCACUGCUGGAAAGUUGCCCGUGGAGUGGACUUCGCGGUGUAGUGGGAGAGGAGUGGGAGGCGAGGGUGCUUGAUAGAAAGAUUGGGGAAGGGGUUGCACGGAUUGGAGGAGCGAGGAGACUCAGUCCCCUUCCCGAAGCACCAGCCAGAGCGUCGCGGCAGAGUGGGGGAGCGCGUAGGCCAUGGCCGGGAGCUUGGAGGCUGAGUUUGAGAAAGCUGCAGAAGAAGUUAAGAACCUUAAGACCAAGCCAGGAGAUGAUGAGAUGCUUUUCAUCUAUGGCCACUACAAACAAGCGACUGUGGGCGACAUAAAUACAGAACGGCCCGGGAUGUUGGACUUCAAGGGCAAGGCCAAGUGGGAUGCCUGGAAUGAGCUGAAAGGGACUACCAAGGAAGAUGCCAUGAAAGCUUACAUCAACAAAGUGGAAGAGCUAAAGAAAAAAUACGGGAUGUGAGAGACUGGAUUUGGUUGCCAGGCCAUGUGUUUAUCCUAAAUGGAGACAAUGCCUUGUUUUUUCUAAUACCAUGGUUGGUGGGAAUUCGGGAAAAUAACCAGUUAACCCAGCUACUCAAGGCUGCUCACCAUACAGCUCUAACAGGUUAGGGACUAAAACAAUCACUGACCUUCCUUGAGUAGUUUUUAUCUGAGAUCAAUUAAAAGUGUAUUUGUUAAUUUAAAGAA